UCUAUGUUACAUCAUCAAAUCAAAAAUAAUGCUGGCAAAAAGUUCUUUAAUGUUUGUUUCUUUCUUACCUUUGUAAUAUAAAUUCCCCUGUUCAAGUGAAACAGAUAGGAAGAGAGACUGUACAAGAAAAAGAAAUGGAGAAGCAUGAGAGAGCCUGCAAACCUCAUGUUCUGGUCCUCCCUUAUCCUGCACAAGGCCAUAUCAACCCCAUGUUACAAUUCUCAAAACGUUUGGUCUCCAAAGGAGUCAAAGCCACUCUGAUAACUACAAUAUCCAUCUCCAAGUUCAUGCCAGCAGAUCCAAAUAGCCUGAUUGAUGUUGAGACAAUAUCUGAUGGCUUCGACGAUGGGCGGAGCCACGAUGAGGAUUUUCUAAGAAGCUUCAAGGCUGUAGGCUCACAAACUCUGACAGAAUUAAUCAAGAAAUUGAAGGAUUCGGGGGUAUCCAUCAAUGCACUUAUUUAUGAUGGAUUCUUGCCAUGGGCACUUGAUGCUGCAAAGCAGUUUGGGGUACCUGGAGCUCUGUUUUUCACCCAAUCUUGUGCUGUUAACAGCAUAUAUUUCUAUGUCAAAAGUGGAAAACUUCCUGUACCCCUAUCGGAGCCAACUGUUUCUGUCCCUGGUUUGCCUCUGCUUAAAGCUUCAGAGACACCAUCUUUUGUUAGUUCUUAUGGAUCAUAUCCAUCUUGGACUGAUAUAGUCCUCAAUCAAUUCUCCAACAUUGAUGAAGCAGAUUGGGUUCUUCUCAAUACUUUCUAUGAAUUGGAAAAACAGGAGGUAGAUUGGAUGGCUAAACUAUGGAGGUUAGGGACAGUAGGACCAACACUUCCAUCUAUGUACUUGGACAAAAGGCUUGAAGAUGACAAAGACUAUGGCAUCAAUCUCUUGAACCCAAACAAAACUGCUUGCAUGAGUUGGUUACACAACAAGCCAACUGGUUCAGUUGUCUAUGUUUCCUUUGGCAGCAUGGCAGAGCUAGGAGAAGAACAGAUGGGAGAAAUAGCUUGGGGAUUGAAGAGAAGCAACUGUUACUUCUUAUGGGUUGUUAGGGCACUAGAGCAAGCCAAGUUGCCUAAAAACUUCAUAGAAGAAACCUCAGAUAAGGGUUUGGUGGUGCCAUGGUGCCCCCAGUUGGAAGUUUUAGUCCAUGAGUCAAUAGGUUGCUUUGUGACACACUGUGGAUUCAACUCUGUUCUUGAAGCUUUGUGCUUGGGUGUUGCAGUGGUGGCAGUGCCACAAUGGACUGACCAGAUUACAAAUGCCAAGUAUGUGGAGGAUAUUUGGGGAACUGGGAUUAGAACUGAAGCAGAUGGGAAUGGGAUUGUGAAAAGAGAAGAGGUGGAGAAGUGUAUAAAGGAAGUGCAUGAGGGAGAGACAGGAAAAGAGAUGAAGAAAAAUGCGAAGAAGUGGAAGAAUUUGGCCAAAGAAGCCAUUGAUGCUGGUGGAAGCUCUGAGAAAAACAUAGAUGAAUUUGUGGCUUAUCUAGUCAGCUCUUAGGGUUGUAUCAAAUAUCAAUCUUCCAAUUCUUGUUAAUGAUCAGAAAUAAAACUCAAGUGUUUGUUUCUUUGGA